GAGACACCAUGUGCCCCGCUGUAAUCCCUUCUGAAAUAGCCCCAGGCCAAGGCCAGCGGGAAGGAGGUGACACCGUGGGAGCAGCUCUAGCCAGAGUCCUUUUACCCCUCGGACACGCCACAGCAGCCGGAGAAGGAGAGGGAAUCGGAUACAAACACUCGCUGGACUGUCGGAGGACGGUGCUUCGCCCAAGAUGAACUUUGCUGCCCAGUUUUUCUACUCAAGCUACUUGAGCGAGCGACUUGAGCGUUUGUACUCACCCAGGCCUGCACUUAAAAGGAGCGAGGAGAAUGACCCCUUCUGGCAGAGGUGGGAAAUGACAACACGUAGCCUGCUGGAUCCUCCUGACCCUUCCCCUAACCACCCCAGUUCUACCGCAACAGAUCUACCCUCUGCGUGUUUUUCUCCAGUUACUUCCAUUUCUCCUCCUAACCCAGUUGCUUCUCAGCAUACCCUGAUAGAGACGCCCUCAGAUCUCCAAUGUCCUCCUCCUCCACCUCCUCCUCACCUUAAUCCCGAGAGGAAAUCAACACAAUCGCCCACCUGCCUGCCAAAUCUACAUUUGGCUGUUGAAAACCCUGAAUCAAGGUUUAACGAACUUCCCUUGGACAAUAUUUCUCUUCAGAGGGCUCCCUGCGAACCAUCUCCUGUUGAAUCCAGGUCCCAAGCAGAAAUGGCUUCCUUGUUUUCCAUUUCCCCAUAUUCUGUUUCCUCUUCCUCCUUCUCCUUCUAUUCCUUCUCCUCAUCCUCCUCAUCCUCCUCAUCCUCCUACUCAUCUACUGCUCCUUUUAAAGGAGAGCGACUCCCGACCUUCCAAGCUCUUGUUGACUUGCUCCUUCGCUUGGUCCUCUACCUUUUUCUCCUCUUUGUCGACAGGGAUGAGCUGCGCCUGGGCCCCGGUCAGCCCGGCGGCCCUUCCAAAUGCGGCCUCGUCAGCAACGGCACCGCGUGCAGCAGAUCCACCCUCAUUGAACCAGAGCGACUUAAGGACUUUGGCGAGGAGGAUCUCGUCAACGGGAACGUAAGGGUCCGUGGCACCAAGGCGUUUGGGGAUGCCGAGUUCAAGCUCAUGGAGCCCCCCAAAAUCAGACGCCUCAGCGAGUUCCGGAUCGUCCCCAGGCCUGUUGUCGAGUAUCUCCGCUUCGAGGACAUCAGUGCAGCGUCCUUCAGGAUCCAGACGGUGAUACAGAAGACGCCCUGCACGUACUCCAGACUGUCCAAACAGUACGGGAUGGAGAUCUACCUGAAGAAGGAGCACCUGCACUACACAGGCUCUGUGAAGGAGAGAGGAGUUCUGUACCUGCUCACCUCCCUGUCACAGGCGCAGCAGAGGAAGGGCGUGAUCGUGGCCAGUGACUGUAACUUCUCCAUGGCCGUGGCCCACCACGCCGUGGAGCUGAAGAUCCCGGUGUUCGCCAUCAUGCCGUCGUGCUGCUCCUCGCCUCGCCUCAGGAUCUACAGGGACUACGGCGCCAUGGUCAUCUCCUAUGGCAGCACGAGCCACGACUCGCAGAACCACGCCUGUCAUCUGGCCACGGAGAACGGAUACCUCUACCUGGAAGAAGACGAAAGCGCACCGUACCUGGCAGGGCUGGGCACCGUGGGCAUGGAGAUCAUUGACCAGGUGUCCAAACUGGAUGCAGUGGUUGUUCCCGCUGCUGGACAGUACGGUCUACUGGCCGGCACAGCUGCAGCCAUCAAGCACCUCAACUCGAAGAUUCUUGUCAUAGGAAUUGAACCAGAAGGUUUCCCGCUGCUGCAACAAUCGCUCAAAGCUGACGGUCCGAUCAAAGACAUGAACACAAACCCAAAUAAGAAACUGUAUGGAGAUCUCAUGGCGCGUUCGUUGGGUGUCAACACCUUCCAGCUGGCUAAGAAGCUGGUCGAUAAAGUUGUCUCUGUCAGCGAGGAGGACGCGCUGGUGGCCAUGCUGCGGUUUCAGGAGUUUGAGCGCUCCACGGUGGACACAGAGGGAGCCAUGGGCCUGGCCGCCAUCUUGGCCGGACAACUUCCAGAGCUGAAAGGCAAAAAGGUAGCGGUAGUGGUGAGCAGCGCUAACAUGGAACUGGAGCUGGUGAGGCAGUGUGUGGACCGAGCCCUGGUGCUGGAUGACCGGGUCAGUAAAUUCUCUGUGCAGCUGGGGGAGUGGCCAGGAGACAUGGCUAAGCUGCUGGACGUCCUGUCCAGAGAGGACGUCAGGUUGUUGGACGUCUGCCACCGGAGACAAAGUGAGAAGUCAGAUCUCUUCAAGGCAAAGGUGGAGUGUGUAGUGGAAACCAGGGAUAAGAACCAGAGCAUUCAGCUGCGCAAAGUGCUGAGUGAGCGCUACCCGUCAAUAUACUGGCUGGACCGGUGAUCAUCACAACAAACAUUUACACUAGACCCCCCUCCCCCAAAAAAAACAGAAGAAGAGGGGAGACAAGACAUCCUGUACCAUGCUACCAUAUGUGAACUCUGUUAGAGUUGGCUGUUGAGCAAAGUGUAAACAGAAGAGCCUUGAGAUUAUGUAGCAAAUACUAUUCAUAGUACUUUUAACUGCUUUUGCUCUUUAAUCACGCCGUCGUUACGGUAAAGUGGCUGCGCUCAGAAGAUGAAUGUACUUCAUGUGUUUUAAUUGCAGAGCCGGAUUUGUCCGCUGUAGAUGCAGGCUUACUCCUCCCGUAAACCAACAGCGUAAAAGAUAUAUUUUUCAAUCCAUAUUGUUUUUCAACUGUUGUAUAUAUUUCUGUAUUUAUACUGUCCGAGAUGGUAGAGUCAAAUCCAAAUAGCUGUUCUCCUAAUAAAAACGGUCAUUCUA